CAGAGUGAAGGUUUCCGAAGUGCCAUGGCUGUUCCCCGGGCUGCAGGUUCAGGCUUGUAUCUGCAGGGUCCGCACUCUCCAGACCCCCUGCUCUCCCCGAUAUCCAAGCUCGCUCACUGCUUCACCGGGUUGGGCACCUUCCAGGCCGGUGAUACGCCCCGCCGUUGCCUGGACCUGUCUAACAUCAGCACAGGAAGCGGUGAUGCUGCAGUCCCACCCGACUCUCCAUGCAAUGCACCCCUCCCAGACCAACCCGUGUCUCCCCAACAGCAGUCGCCUGCACCCAGGAACAGCCGGAUGAAGCGGUUGAAGUCAGUUCUGCCAAGGCUGCUGUGCAGCAGUCCCAAGACAAGCUCCAGCAUUCACAGCCGGGGAGAUCCUCUCGACACAAACAAGGAGAAUGUAGCAGAGUGGAGUGGGCAGCCCGCCAGAGAAGAGUGUACGCUGCAGACUGCAGUCCCACAGCCAGGGGGCGCCGGUGAGCUGGGCGCCCUGGGCAGCCCUAUCACUGCCGCUCCCCUCUCCCCAGUAACGGACCUCCAGGGGGCUGAUGACAUGGACGGCUUCAUGGAGGUGCUGGAGGAGCAGGAGGAGGAGAGUUUGGCUGUCAAUCCCUUGUCCUCUAGCAUGGCCCAGCUGCUCUCUGACCCCCUCAUGAACCAGGAAGUGGAUAUCUCCUCUAUGUCAGUGUGCCGUCGGGAGGGUCGGCGCCUGUUCCGCUCUCCCUCCAUGCCGGAGCGGCUGCACCGGCCAGCGCUGAAGCGAGCCCUGGCCACCCCCACUGCCGACCUGCCCAUCAAGCGACAUCGCACCCUCCCCGCAGCUGUGCAGGAGGAACAGGACCAGGAGGGAGGCGACAGUGGGGCGGCGUACAGCAGGAAGAGGGGGUGCUUGCUGAAGAAGACUCUGUCUCUGUGUGAGGUGGCCCACAGCUGGCAGCUGGGAGGGGAUGGUGCCAGUGCAGAGCUCAUUGGAGACUUCAGCAAGGUGUGUGCCUUGCCAACUGUGACAGGGAGACACCAGGACCUGAAAUAUAUCACCGCUGAGACAAUGUGUGCACUGCUGGCUGGAGAGUUCAGCAGUCUGGUGGAGUCGUUUCUGGUGGUGGACUGUCGCUACCCCUAUGAGUACCAGGGUGGACACAUCAAGGGGGCGCUGAACCUGCCGAACACCGAUGAGGCAGUGGCCCACCUCCUACGCCAGCAGCUGCGAGCCCGUUGCCCCGAGAAACGGCUGGUGCUGGUGCUGCACUGCGAGUUCUCCUCUGAGAGAGCGCCAAGAACGUGUAGACUGCUGCGGAGGCAGGACCGCAGUGUGAAUGAGUACCCAGCCCUGCACUACCCCGAGGUGUACAUCCUCAAGGGAGGAUACAGGGACUUCUACCACCUCUGCAAGGAGCACUGCGAGCCUCAGUCCUACUGCCCCAUGCACCACGAGGAUCACCGCGAGGAGCUGCUGCGCUUUCGCACCCACAGCCGCGCCUCGGCGGAGGAACGCCGCCGCCGAGAGCACAUCACCCGCCUCAUCAAGCUCUGAGCCAAUCGCGGCCCUCCUACAGCCGCUCCGCCACCCGGCCACACACA